UAAAUAUAAAAAAACAAUAUUUUUUACAAUCUAAAUUUUCAAAUAUAGAGUAAACUUUAAAUGAUCAGAUGCGAUUUGUGAAUUAAAAAAUAUUCUUAUGCUGUUCAGAGAAAAAGGGGUUGGGAUAGAUAGAAUUAAUAAGUUAGUCACUUAUAGCGCAAGUAAUAUUUCUAGAUUAAAUAAUACUCAAAUUCAAAAUAUUAUAGAUUAUGUGGAUGAUCGGGUUCAUGUAAUUUCGAAAACCAUUACCAAUGGUAACGAUCAGAGUCAUGUGACUUUUGCAGAAAUGAUUUCAUCAGUCACAUCUCAAACAAGUAGGACUAAUUCAACUUUUGACUGCAUCUAUUUUCGCAACAAAACAUUGGAUCAAUAUUCUACUUUAUAUAGGGAAUUUAGUAGUGAAAAUUUUGAUUAUUACGGAAUUACUGAUGAGAAAUUAUGUCCAUUAUGCAAGUUGGGGCAUGGUGAAGAAGAAAGUAUAGAAGGUAGAUAUACAUCUGAAUCUUACUUUAUUAAAUGUGAACAGCGUAAAAUUGAGGGAAGCAAACUUGAGCCAGUUCAUAAUUGUUCAAUCGGCUUUUUUUGGUCAUGUUACACUAAUCUUUAUGAUCAAAGUUGUUAUGGCUUUGUUUAUUUUUGUCAGUAUUUUUGUCUACUCAACCAAAACGACCUAUAUUUUUGGUGGUUCACAUUGAACGGUUAGUUGAUAAAUUUAUUGGUCUGAAUUUUUAGUGCAACCAACCAAAUAUCCCGUUCAAUCAAUUAUGAACUGGCCUAUUCUAAUUUGAUUAAAAAACUAAUUUAUUGUUAUUGCUAAAUAUAAAAUCAAAG